GAGGAAGGAGGGGAAAAGGAUUUUCCUGUACUCAACACUCUUCGAAGGAAGCACAUGUCGGUGGAUGUGGUAGACAGGGCCUCAGGGUCGGCCUACGUGGAGAGCGGGAGGACGAAGGUGGUUUGCACUGUCCAUGGCCCCAAGACAGACACAUGGUCAUCGCUAUUCUCCGAGCAUGGCAGGAUAAGCUGCUUCGUUACCAUCUCAGCAUUCUCCGGGUCGGACGGGGAGAGGAGGGAGGAGAGGAGGGAGGAGGAGGAGCGAGCGGCCGAGCUAGGGAUCCUCCCAGCUUUGCAGAGCGCAAUCAACCUGCUCAAGUACCCCAAGUCAGUGAUCGAAGUUCACGUAUCUGUGGUGGAAGCAGACGGCGACUUGCUCUCUCCCUGCAUCGUCUGUGCAUCGUUGGCGCUGGCGCAUGCUGGGGUAGAGAUGUACGACCUCGUCGCGUCCAGCUCCCUUGCCCUGAGGAGGAAGGAAGGCUUCAUGCUGGAACCAGGGGCAGGGCUGACUGAGCACGACGGCAGCCUUUCCUUGUCUUACAUGCCCAACAGGCGGGAAGUGACUCAGCUGGUGCAAGUGGGGCAGUGGGAGCAGGAGGAGGUGGCAAGAGCGAUGAAGGUUGGUCUCCGGGCGUGCCGGAGCACGCAUGCGCUGAUGAGGUUGGCGCUGCUGCAGCAUCAGGAGAAGGAGGAAGAG